AAGGCUCAGUUUCCAUUUCCCCCGCUCGCUCCAGGGAUCCUCAGAGCUCAGCGGUAGUUUUGGUUUCCUUUUCUCUUUCAUAAAAACUCAGAGGAAGGGCUGGCGCCCAGGGCUGAAACCUCCCCACUGUUUGUUUGUGACUGAGAAGCAGAAUCGAGGAGCCGGAGCACAGCUGCCUGGAGCAGCCACCAUGAGUGUGGAGUCAAACAGGAGCCGCCUGGAAGACAGCCUGCAUCAGCUGAGAUGUCACUUCACUUGGGAGUUGCAAAUUGAAGACGAUGAAAUGCAUGAUCUAGAAAACAGAGUCUUCGACCAGAUGGAGUUCUUGGACACCCAGUGCGGCAUGCACAACCUCCUGGCCUACGUCAAGCACCUGGAAGGCCGGGAUGAGGAGGCUCUGGGGAGUCUGCGGGAUGCCGAGGAGGCCAUGCCACAAGAGCACGGCCAUGGGCCAGAUGUGAAAAGUCUGGUUACCUGGGGAAACCUGGCCUGGCUGUGCUACCACACGGGCAGACUCGCAGAAACCCAGAGUUACCUGGACAAGGUAGAAGCCAUCUGCAGGAAGUUUUCAGGUCAAUCCAGCUACAGAAUGGAGAGUCCUGAGAUGGACUCUGAGGAAGGAUGGGCUUUGCUGAAGUGUGGAGCAAAGAAUUACGAACGGGCAGAAGCUUGCUUUGAAAAGGCUCUAGAAGCGCAGCCUGAGAAUCCUGAAUUCAGUGCUGGGUAUGCAAUUGUCAUCUACCGUCUGGAUGGCAUAAACAGGACAUCGCUGAGCCUGCAGCCCCUGCAAAAGGCCCUCCGCUUAAACCCAGAAAAUGUGUAUGUUAAGGUUCUCCUGGCCCUGAAGCUUCAGGAUCUCAGACAAGAAGCUGAAGCAGAAAAGCACAUUGAAGAAGCGCUCAGCAGCACAUCUUCACAGACCUAUGUCUUGCGAUACGCAGGCAAGUUUUACAGAAGAAAAGGCUUUCUGGAUAAAGCUCUUCACCUCUUUAAAAUGGCCUUGCAGGCCACACCUUCCUCCGCCUUACUGAACCACCAGAUAGGGCUCUGCUACAGGGCACAUGUCUUGCGAAUCAAGAAAGCCGCCAACUGGAAGCCCCGAGCACUGGACAGAGAAAAGGUUGAGAAAAUAGCAAGGUUAGCCAUACGCCAUCUGGAAUUUGCCGUGGAGCAAAAACCCACUUUUGGGAUUGCCCACGUGCACCUGGCCGAGAUGUACACAGAGACAGGCAACUACAGAAAGGCUGAAGAGACUUACCACAAAGUCCUGAACAUGACGUCACUCAAAGAAGAGAAGCUGCAGGAGGUCCACUUCCAGUAUGGCCGAUUUCAGGAAUUUCAAAGGAAAUCUGAAGUGGACGCAAUUGUCCACUACCUAAAGGCAAUCAAGAUAGAAACACCGUCGUUUUCAAGGAAUAAGAGUAUCCAGUCUUUGGAGAAACUGGCUCUAAGGAGACUUCAGAGAAAUGCAUUGGACGCAGAGGGUCUGAGCUUCCUUGGGUUGAUCUGCAAACUGAGAGGAGACUUGAGUGAGGCCGUGGGGCAGUAUGAGCGAGCCCUGAGGCUGCUGGCCGGGAGGCCCCAGGAGGGCGACAGUCACAGCCCACAGGGGGAAGGUCCACCUGCCCGGGACCGGUCCACCGGGGGUGGCCGCUGAGGUCAGAAGGGCGGGAAGGGCCUGGGGCUCCGAGACCCUGCUGCACCAGGCCAGGUGCCACACAGGGGUGGGGGUGUCGCAGGUGUGGGGGUGUCGCAGGUGUGGGUGUGGGCGUGGCUGGGGAGGGAGGGGCUGGCGGGGCUGCCAGGGACUAACACACCUGUGGGCUGGAGGGCUGCCUAGGUGGGCCAGCCAUCACCUCCCUCUCCCUCUUUCUUUACUUCCCUACCCCUCUCUCUCUCCCCAUCUCUCUCCCUCCCUCCCUCUCUCCCUCCCUCUCUCCCUCCCUCUCUCACUCCCUCUCUCUCUCCCUCUCUCCCCUUUCUCUCCCACCCUCUCUUUCCCUCUCCCUCUCCCUCCCUCUCUCUCUCUCUCCCUUGCUCUCCCCCCCACAUGCACUCCAACAUGUGGGGGCUCUCCAUUUUUGUGAAUAAACUUUAAAAUUCCUGAAAACCCUGUUUUCUGCUCAGC